GAGUAUUAGUUAAUAGUAGUUUAUCUGUGUACUAGUAGUGGCACGCCCGCCUUUAUUGACACACGUAUUUUAUGGACAUAUAGAUUUAAAACGAUUUUUUUGUUUGUAUAAUUUUCAUAACAAACAUUACAGAAUUAUAAUUAUAAAUUCUGUUUUGGUCAAAAUGAGAAUGAUAAUAAAGGAAAAUUCUGAUAAAGUGUCAGAAUGGGCUGCUAAGUAUGUAGUUAAGAGAAUUAAAGACUAUAAACCAGGACCAGAUCGAUAUUUCAUCUUGGGAUUACCAACAGGCGGGACGCCAUUAGGCAUGUACAAAUAUCUCAUAAAAUAUUAUAAAGAAGAAAAAGUUUCAUUUAAAUAUGUCAAAACUUUUAACAUGGAUGAAUACGUCGCACUGCCACGAAAUCACCCAGAGAGUUAUCAUUAUUAUAUGAUGUCAAAUUUCUUCAUUCAUAUCGAUAUAGAUCCCAAAAAUGUACAUCUGUUAAACGGAAACGCUGCUAAUCUACAAGCAGAAUGUGAAACUUAUGAACAGCUUAUUAAAGAAGCUGGUGGAAUUAAUUUAUUCAUAGGUGGCAUUGGUCCAGAUGGUCAUAUAGCAUUUAAUGAACCAGGAUCAUCACUAGUAUCACGAACUCGCAUUAAAACAUUAACUCAAGAUACACUAGAAGCAAAUGCCCGAUUCUUUGAAAAUGAUAUUAGCAAAGUUCCUAAACAAGCUUUGACAGUCGGUGUGGGUACUGUCAUGGAUGCCGAAACUGUAUUAGUGUUGAUUACAGGAUCGCACAAAGCUUUAGCUUUACAUAAAGCAGUCGAGGAAGGAAUAAAUCACAUGUGGACAGUAUCAGCAUUCCAACAGCAUGCAAAUACCCUUAUUCUAUGUGAUGAGGAUGCUACAUUAGAACUUAAAGUAAAAACUGUAAAAUAUUUUAAAGUUCUAGCUGAUCUCCAUGAGAAACUCAUUGAAGAUGAUUAACUGCGUUUAAACAUUUUGAAGUUUCGUUUUAUACUAAAUUAAUAAUUUAUUUCGAAAUCAACAAAAUAAAUAUAUAUUUUGAAGUAACA